AUGCUUGCCGCGAUUAAGCCCACCGAUCACACCCUCCCGCCCUCGGGUCCGAUCGCGUCUUCGAGCGCGUUCACCUUCGACGGGACACCGCCACCGUCGUACGCCGAGGACCUGCUCCACACGCCUGAAGAGCACCUCCUGCCCGCGUACGCGAGCCACGCGUCGUUCGAGCCCUGGCUCUCGCUCCUCCGCCAACCCAACUGGGAGAGCAACUCCGAUCUCGCGCUCUUCCUCCCUCCGUCGCCCCCCAAAGGUGCCCCGACCGCGACGGCCGGCUGGAAAGCCGAGUACGCCGAGCACGUCCGCCAAUGCCUCGAAACCGGGCUCCAUCUCGACCCGUGCGACGACGUGCAGUACGAUUUCAUGUUCGACGCCAUCGUCGACGAUGUCCGGCACCACGUCCGCACGCAGAUACCCCCUGAGCUACGAUGUAAGCUUCUUCUGCUCCUCAUCCACGCCAUGCGCACCGAUCUGAUCAUCUAUCCCCGCACAGGCGCCGCUCUGAGCUUCGCAUGCUGCUCGCGCACGCCCGAGCCCUUAGCUCUCAACCCGCUGUUCCUCGACGCCCUCCACGCCGAGUCCUCCCAAACCCCCAGCCCGUCCGCACGCCCGACGCGUCCCUCGCCGCACGUGCAGUGGAUGCUCGCCGACCUGCCCACGCACAACUACGCGCUCCACCUCCUCGCGCAUACCUACCUUCCCCAGGCCGACCUCGACGCCCUCAUCAAGGCGCUCUUCGUCCUCUGCUGCCGCGAACGCUUCCGCCGCGCGGCCAAGCGACGCCUCAUGGCGCGCGAGAACAGCCUAUUCAGGCGUUUGUUCGGCUCUGGUGGCAGCAAGUGGAAAAAGGGAUCUCCCAAGCCCAAGGCGACGCAGUGA